AUGAGGCGUGCAGGCCUGGGUGAAGGAGUACCUCCUGGCAACUAUGGGAACUCUGGCGAUCCUAAUAGUGGGUAUAGUGCCUGUGAAGAAGAAAACGAGAGACUCACGGAAAGUCUUAGAAACAAAGUAACUGCUAUAAAAUCUCUUUCCAUUGAAAUAGGCCACAAAGUUAAACAUCAAAAUAAAUUAUUAGCUGAAAUGGAUUCACAGUUUGAUUCUACAACUGGAUUUCUAGGUAAAACUAUGGGAAAACUGAAGAUUUUAUCCAGAGGGAGCCAAACAAAGGUGUUGUGCUAUAUGAUGCUGUUUUCAUUGUUUGUCUUUUUUGUCAUUUAUUGGAUUAUUAAACUGAGGUGA